CCUUUCCGAUUACCUUCGGUUCCUCCGCUCCUCCCUCUGUUACUGUCUCUACUCACUCAGCUUCUUCUUCGUCUCACAAGCAUACAACACACAAAAGUAGCGUCUCCAAAACGCGGAUCUCUGCGUUUCCCGUUUGCAUUUUCCGACCACCAUGGCUCUCCAAGCCGCCACUUCCACGUUCUGUUUCUCCGGUCCAUAUCUCCGAUCAACUCCGUACUCACUCACUUCAAACCGUCGUAGCAUCUCCAUCAAAGCUACUUCUUCUUCUUCUUCUUCUAGACUCUUCAAUUCACGAUCUAAUCUCAAAGGAAGAGCAUUGUCUAGUGAAGGUUCAACAACACAAGAGUCACCUUAUGUGGUUUGUUUUGGGGAAAUGCUAAUUGAUUUUGUACCAACGACUAGUGGACUUUCAUUAGCCGAUGCACCGGCUUUUAAAAAGGCUCCAGGUGGUGCACCUGCUAAUGUAGCUGUUGGUAUUGCUCGUCUUGGUGGUUCUUCAGCUUUCAUUGGCAAGGUUGGUGAAGAUGAGUUUGGUUAUAUGCUAGCGAAUAUUUUGAAAGAUAACAAUGUGAACAAUGAAGGUAUGCGGUUUGAUCCUGGUGCAAGAACUGCUUUAGCUUUUGUGACUUUGACUAGUGAAGGUGAAAGAGAGUUUAUGUUUUAUCGAAACCCGAGUGCUGAUAUGUUGUUAGAAGUGUCUGAGCUUGAUCUUGAUCUGAUUAAAAAGGCGAAAAUAUUCCAUUAUGGUUCGAUAAGUCUUAUCACAGAACCGUGUAAGUCUGCGCAUAUAGCUGCCUCAAAGGCUGCUAAGGAAGCUGGUGUUCUUCUUUCUUAUGACCCAAACCUUAGGCUCCCGUUGUGGCCUUCUGCAGACAACGCUAGAGAUGAGAUUCUGAACAUUUGGGACACUGCUGAUAUCAUAAAGAUAAGCGAAGAGGAGAUAAUUUUUCUAACGAAAGGAGAAGAUCCGUACGAUGAUAAUGUCGUCCGCAAGUUGUUUCAUCCUACGCUGAAACUACUACUUGUCACUGAAGGCCCUGAAGGCUGUCGGUACUACACCAAGGAUUUUAGCGGGAGAGUGCAUGGAUUGAAGGUGGAUGUAGUGGACACAACAGGUGCUGGUGAUGCAUUUGUUGCUGGGAUACUAUCACAACUAGCCAAUGAUCUCUCCUUGCUUCAGGACGAAGAGCGACUGAGAGAGGCGCUAAUGUUUGCGAAUGCAUGCGGGGCAUUAACAGUUAAACAGAGAGGUGCAAUCCCUGCUCUUCCCACUAAAGAAGCUGUACAUGAGGCUCUACUCCAAUCUGUUGUUUAACCAUGUAUUCAGUAACACGUCACCAAUAUGAGUAACGCUUGCUUUCUCCGCAGCAGAUUUUGAUAGGUCUGCAUUUUGUUGUUGUAAAAUUGUUGUAUAAUGUUACUUGUCAUUGUUUGUAUUCUAGAUUUCUAGUAGCUUGUAGAGGUAAUAAGCCUUUGAAAUAAUUCGUAAUCGUUGAGCCAAGCACUUCAAUCUCUCUA